AUGUCGUCAUCAACUAUCUUUUUACAUGAUUUUCUUGUUCCUAAUGAUGGUUCUCAAGGAUCAUUUGACCAGUUAACAAAUGUUCCCCCUCAACGAAUAAACUAUCGACGUGAACGAAGUCCGUCUCUUGAAGAUAAUGAAUCAAUAUUUAAAUCAGUUCGUACAGAUUAUCGACCGGACUCAAUAACCGAUCCUCCACUUCCUCGUCGGCGUGUUGCUAAAAAAACUACAGUCAGUAAAUGUUUACCAUCAAAUAAUAAUAAUCCAAUAAUUCAUCAAUCUACACGCCAAACAAUAGCUAACGAUAGUUAUGAUGAUAUGUCUCAUUAUACUUCACCAAUAGUACGACAAUCAUCACAAUCAAUGACAUCGAUUAAUAAUAAUGAAGAAAUUGGUCUUAGUCGAAUACCUGAUCAACCAUUAUUACCAACAUUUAGUGAUAAAAUUCAACAUGAACUUCUCAUGGGUAAUCCUGAACCAAUAAUGAAUGAAUUAAUUCGUGAAGCAGCUGAUUUCUAUAUGAAUGUCUAUCCACAAUUAACUCAUGGUGUUGAAUAUAAAAAAAUUGGUAUUGCACUUAUUAAUGAAUAUCCUUGUUUAGCAUGUGAAGAUACAAUUAAUCCUCAUGGUUUAAUUACAUCUCGAUUAUCAGCUCGUAUACGUAAUGUUCGUCGCAAAAUGCGUACAAGAGAACAAAAAUGUCAAAUGCGUGGAACAAUUUAUUAA